AUGACUGAGGUCGGCCACACCGAUCUAUCGAGGCUGCUUCAAUCCAAGCGUAACGAAUUCAAUGCAAUCGUAGCGUCUCGGAAGAGGAAACUUCGCGAGCUCUUCGCUGUCGCGACGCAGGCCGAAAGCCUCCCGCAGGAUGCCUUCGCGAACCCCGACGCGCCGGCCACUACUGCUGCGGAAUGGCAGUUUCUUCAGACCAGCGAAAUCUUGCAAGGAAAAACUCUGAACGAACAAGCUAUUCCGCCACGGCCCUUACUUUCGGUUGAUUUAUUGAAACGAUUAAUCGCAAAGUCAAUACAGGAAGCAGCCCUACACUCACCACCGAUCCCCACGCCGACCACUGCAUCUACGAAAGAAGAUGCUUUCAUCUCCAAGCACCAAACUCUACCAUCCGAUGGCUUUGUGUCGACCGCGUCACCCUCUGCGCCUCCCGAGGAUACUACCAAACCCCCAGAGAAACUAACAAAACCCCCGCCAACGCCUGCUUCCUUAACAUCCAGCAGCGCCGUGCCACAUCCAGCUGGAGGCUCCGCCGUCCCUGUGCAGACCACCCCUAUCCCCACGCCUUCCACCAUUCUGCCGCUUGCAAAGGAUGAAACGAAACGGCCCGAUCGAAUGACCAAUGGAGCAGCGAGUGAAGAUGCUACACCUGAACGGAAACCAGCACAAGUUUCUUUCCCACCAGGAACCAAGGGAUCGCCUUCAGAGGAAUCAUCUGAUACAGGAGCAACGAGAGGAGAAGGCGAUGCAGACGCUGUAGAAAACGGAGUAGUCGAUAAGCUUCAAUCGAACCAGACGGGACGUAAUCAGGAGCUGUCCAUCAAGGUUCCGCACAGUUUAACCAAGGCUCCAGAUGCGCUUUCAUCUCCUGGAUCAACAGCACCAAGUGCCACGACUCCUGGGGUCCAUGAUGUGUCGGCGGAUACCAGCCCUGAGCAUGAUGCUCCUCAGUAUAUUCACGAUCGACUGGAGGAAGAUGUUGAAGACAAAGUAGAAAGGGGCGAUGAGAUGGAAGAUGUUGCUGAAAUAGAGGCCGGAGCUGAGCCAGCCAAACCAGAGAACGAUGAACCAGAGCCAAAAGCUACAACUCUAGACGAAGAUCAGCUCCUCCAGGAGUCCAUCCGGUCAAGUGCAGCCGCCGCAAGUCCGGAGCCGAUAAAAGUUUCUCCUGGACUCGAAGUAAAGACUAACGCUACAAACUCUAUUCAAGAGGCGGGCCCUGCCGCAAAGCAAGACGUGGAGCCGCAAGGUAUAAAUACCCAGCCAUCAACCGCGCUGGCCACGAAGCCUGCUGUUGAAGUUCCCGACAGCCAAGAAGAAACUCCGGAAAGAAUGGAUGUGGAUUCAUCCCGAGCCGUGGAAUCGGAAAGCACCGAAUUGCCUCCGACUCAAACGCCUGCUGUCCCCCCUCCAGCUUCUACGAAUGCUACUGCCAAGCCUACGCCAGUCAGGGAGCCACUUCCAGCUCCCGAAAGGGCAGUCACAAGGGUAUCAUCUGGAGCGAUGCGACUGAAAUCCGUAUCGGAAAUUGUGGGAGAGAGCCCGCGAUCUGCCACCAUGACAGAACGAAGCACGACGAAAGCACCGCAAAACCAGUUGACCCCGGUUACCUCAACGCCUCAAUCACCGCCCCCUAGGCCGAAGAAUACAACCAAGAGAGAUAGGUCGAAAGCUCAGGUUUCUACUGUUUUGUUCGGUAAGCAGCCUAAGCAGGUGGAAGAAAAGGCGCUGGUCCCUGGCCAAAAGGAAACAAUCCAACCAUCCGAUGACUACUACACACCUCUUUUCAUUCAGAACUUUACAGGCGCGACAAACUGGAUGCAACCUAUUGAAAAGAUUCUUUUCCACGCGAACAAAACCAUCGCCACCCCCGACGCAUAUCUCGCUAUCCAAGAUCACCAGGCGUGUAAGGUACUCCGUAGGGUGUAUCACCUGCAGCAACAUGAUAAGUGGUCUCUUCGACAGCCAAAGCGGUGCCCAGAGCCGACUCGCCCGCCAUCACAUUGGGAUGUCUUAUUUCAGGAGAUGAAGUGGAUGCGAACAGAUUUCCGAGAAGAAAGAAAAUGGAAGAUGGCCGUGGCUAAGAAUAUUGCAUACGCCUGUGCGGAUUGGGUUGAAUCGACUCCUAAGGAGCGCAAAGCAAUGCAGGUUGCCGCGUUUAUCCCUCCAUUGAAGACAGGUGAUGUAACCAUGGGAGAUGCCGAUGCCGAUGUAGCUGAGGCGGAAAACCAUCCGACCCCAGAUCUCAUAACGGAAGAUGUGGAUUCACCCCAGAUUCUGGACAAUCUCAGUGAAGAUUUCCCUGAAACUGUUGCGCCUUCCGCUAUAUUUGCUCUGCAAGAGGAUGACGUGGUAUUUGCUCUACGGCAAUCACCUGCCUCAGAUAAGUUGUUGGAAGAGCUACCUAUGUACGGGGCUCCUUUGAAGAUCCCGCGGUUCGAACUUACAGGACCCGAAUAUGACCCUGACGCUCAUUGGCGACGACCCGCUUUGCCUCUAAGCAAAUAUGUUGAGGGGGAAAUGAAACUAUUGUCCGAUGGCCCUCCACGGAAACGCAGCCGUUAUAGUUAUUAUAACGAAGAAUCCGAUGACGAAAAAGAGAGCGCUUUCGAUGCUGAUACCCUCGCACAUAAUGUCCGGCUUCCGCCAAGAAGCACCGAAGUUGCGUUAUUCACCCCUGAGUCGAAACACAUCCGCGACCGGCUACACGCUGGCCACCAAUUUCGACCCCCCUCUGAACAUCCCAUGCCGCUACAAAGCUUUUACGAAACUCGCAGUUCCUCACAGUGGACCGUGGUUGAAGAUGACGAGCUCCGUAGCUUGGUUCGUGAGCACUCUUAUAAUUGGUCACUAAUUUCGACUCUGCUAUCUACUCGAUCGCUGUUUGCAUCGGGCGCAGAGAGGAGGACGCCGUGGGAAUGCUUCGAAAGAUGGAUAAACCUCGAAGGUCUUCCAGCUGAUAUGCAAAAGACGCAAUAUUUCAAGGCAUAUAACAGUAGGAUUGAUGCUGCUCAACGUAUUAUCGCUCAGCAAAAUCAGUUGGCGGCACAGCGAGCCUCUCAGGAGGGAGGGGCAGUAACACCAAUACGGCGAAGGCAGUCUACUCCGCUCAGAGUCGAGAGACGGCGAAAUCAGAAGCACUUGACUCUCAUCGAUGCUAUGAGAAAGCUUGCUAAGAAAAGAGAGACCACAAUGCAGAAACAGCAGCAUUCAGCGACACAGAACGCUGCGAAGAAGGUUAAUGAUACCAUGGCUCAACGCCCAGGGAAAACUCCACGGGACUACAGUAUAAUGCGCUGGGAGCGCGACCAGGCUCUGGCUGAAAAGAUGGCGCAAUUUGCGCAGCGGCAGGAGGCUCAACGACGAGCGACUCUCCAGGCCAGAGCCCAAGCUCAGUCCGCUCAGCUGGCUGCACCCGGUGUACCCGUACCAGGCGCUCAGAAUCCUGCUCAUCUUGCGGCAGCUGCUAAUGGCGUUAAUGUCGUAGUCAACCGACCCGGUGCUCCUAAUCCACUUGCUGUCGCUGCGGCUGCUGCGGCUGCAGCACAGGGUCGCGCACGUUUGCCCAUGCAGGCACCUGCCAACGGCAUGGACGGUGUCGGCGUUCAAGCGCAGAUGAGCAGCAAUCUCGCUCCACCGGCGCAGAUGAACGGCAUUCCGCAGGCUCAGUUGCAAGCUUUGCAAGCAAUGCAGGCUCAACACAGGAUGCAGAUUCCUGGCCAGCAACCCGACGCGAACAUGAUGAUGCGCGCACAACGCAUCUCAGAGCAGCAGCGAGCCGCAGCUCAGAUUCAACAUGCGCAGCAGCAAGCCCAAGCUGGUGUUGUAGGCGGAGCCCCUGUUCAGCAAGCACAGCAAAAUUCCUCGCCCGCUAUGCGGAACGGAGUCCCUGCUAUCGCUCAACAACAAACCUUUAUGAAUACCGCUCAGGCUAUGAUGGCCUCGUUUAACGCUGCUAACGGCCAUACCUCAGCUACGAGUGGUCUGCAUAUGCCCACACUUACCAACAGUGGUUCUCCUGGUCCUCGACUGCCAACCCAAAUUCCUCCUACCAUAGCAGCGCAAAUUAACGCUUUGGAAGCCAACUUUAGGAGCAAGAAUCCUAACCUGUCACCCGAGCAACUUCGCCAUCUCGCUACUGAUCAGCUGACGCGCGCGAUGAUGGCGCAACGGCAGAGCGCGAUGAACGCUGCUGCGGGACAGCCCGGUAUUGCGACUAGUAUUGCUGCUACCACCAGCCCUCAUCAAUAUGCCGCGCUGCUUAGACAACAACAGCAGCAGCAGGCUCAAGCCCAGGCACAAGCACAGGCCCAAGCACAGGCCCAAGCACAGGCUCAGGCUCAGGUACAACGCCAACAACAGCAUACGCCGCAGCCGCAGCAACAUCAGCAGCCGCAACAGCAUCAACAGCAGCGACCUCCUCAGGUUCCUCAAGUACAACAGCAACAGGCCGCCCAACAGCAAGCUCAGCCGCAACAACAAUCUCCAGCCCUGGUACAGCAGCAGCAGCAGCAGUCAACCCCACAACCCCAGCCGCCACAACAAUCUCAACCCCAACCUCAACUUCAGGCUCCAGCUCAGGCUCAGGCCCAGGCUCAAAUGCAGACUCAAGCCCAGGUACAGCAACAGCAAGCCCAGUCACAGUCGCAAUCUCAAGCCUCGCCUCAGCUGCCGACGAAUCCCCCAUCGGCCAGCCCGGUACCCGUUCAGCGUCAGGCUAGCGGAAGCGCAACACCUUCUAUAAGCAAGUAA